AUGGGCUGUUCAAGUAGCAAGAGUUCUGAGCCCAAACAAUCCUCGAAUACAAGAUUUACAUCUACUAAAGCUCCAAUUAAAUUGUUUUAUCUCCCAGGAAAUGUUAAAUUUACUCUCACAAAACUUGUUUCUCAAGGAACUAACGGAAACGAUCCGAACGCUACUUCAUCAUCAAGCAUUAAUGUAAAUGCAAGAUUUAUCGAUAUACCGAAUUCAAGAGCAUUGCGGAAAUUAUGGGGUAAAGAGGUUACAAAUAAAUCUUCUGAUUGUGCAAUGUCCAUAUUUUUAGCGGAUAUUAGAGAGCGCCCUAUGAUGCUGCUCAAUAUCAAGACGUUAAAUUGGUUUGCAAAACAGCUCACACAAAAAGGUCAACUAGUUAGUGUUUUGAUUUGCAAUAAUGAACUAGAAGUUUCAGAAUUUAAAUCGCAUAUUAGUUCUACAGACAUUGAUUCAAUAAUAAUUAAAAAAUCGGAUCCUGAAUCAAUUAUCCAAUUUACAGAGAUAAUAUCAGCAGAAAUCACAAAAUACAAUGAGAGGAAGAAGAAAUUUAUUGAAGUUUCUCCAAGAUCACGUUAA